CUAAGAUUUUCUGGUCCUCCAGGGCCCCAACCAUCUGAGGAAUCUGGCACAGAAGCUCACUUCAAGGUCACAGAUGCUCUGGAAGAUGGAGUAUGGAGUGCUGCAGUGGUCAGCAGUGAAGGAGAUUCCCUUGUUCUUUCCAUCCGCUCCCCACCCGAUGCCCGCAUUGGACACUACAGCCUCACCUUGGAGACCUCUAAUGGAACUGAGGAGAAUACCUGCAGUGUUGGGGAAUGCUAUCUAAUUUUUAACCCCUGGUGCCCAGAGGACUCUGUAUACCUAGAGAAGGAAGAUGAACGGAUGGAAUAUAUUCAGUGUCAGUACGGGAUCAUCUUUCAAGGCACCAAAGACUCAAUGGACCCUGUUCCUUGGAACUUUGGACAGUUUGAAGAUGGAAUCCUGGAAAUCUGUUGCUUAUUGUUAGACUCCAGCUCCAAGUACAAGAAUGACCCAGUUAAGGACUGUUCCCGGAGGAAUAAUCCAGUGUACAUCGGUCGUGUUGUCAGUGCAAUGGUGAACUGUAAUGAUGACGGUGGGGUCCUGUAUGGUCGCUGGGACAACUGUUACGAUGAUGGUAUCAAUCCCAAUUCCUGGAUCGGCAGCGUGGACGUCCUACGACGCUGGAAAAAGUACGGAUGCCAGCCAGUACGAUAUGGGCAGUGUUGGGUUUUUGCUGCAGUGGCCUGUUCAGUCCUUAGGUGCCUGGGCAUUCCAUGUCGAGUUAUCACCAACUAUUACUCUGCCCAUGAUACAAACAGCAAUUUGGUGGUUGAACAAUAUCUAGACUACCAAGGGAAUAAACAGAAGGGCCAAAAAGACAUGAUCUGGAACUACCACUGUUGGGUUGAAGCAUGGAUGACCCGCCCAGAUCUUGGUGAAACAUACAAUGGAUGGCAGGUGGUAGAUCCAACUCCACAAGAAAAGAGUGCAGGGGUUUAUUGCUGCGGUCCUGCUCCUGUCUUUGCUGUUAAAGAGGGUGACCUUGCGCUGAAGUUUUCGAUGUCCCAUUUGUGUUUGCUGAAGUGA